UUGUUAUGAGAGGACACUAUUUGGUUUGCAAAGAGCUUUGGAGAACCGGGUAUCCAAAUACCAAGAUAAAAAGAAAGCAAAGGGAGAAGCUGCAGUUGAAGCAUAUAGUCUUGUUGGAUUUCCAUAUGCAUUCCAGGUUUGGGCAUACGAGGCUAUUCCACUUAUUGGAUUGAAAUAUGCCACUCGUGUAUCUGAGAGCUAUCCUCGAAUAUUAAAUUGGAGUGCAACAAGUGCUCCAAGGUCUACUGAGGUUGAAAAUGUAUUUCUAGAGCCUCAUUUAACUUUUCAUUCGCUUCUAACACCCACUUUAGAGGAGCAACAACAAGACUAUUACAAGCAUGUAGAUAAAUAAGGAGCUUUAGCAGAAAUGUUGCACCAAUCAAAUGCCUCACAAGAUGCCAAGAAGGAUGACUUAAGGCAUGAAAAAAGCUCAUUUGACACUGCUGCAUAUGUUGCUGCUGCUACUGUUGCAAUGGCAGAAGAAACAACAAAUGAUGCAGUCGCCCCAUCAAUAGAGAAAUUAUGGAUGGAGUUUGUGAAAUUCAAACAAAGCUCAGAGUUAAAUUUCAAUCAUCUAAAGAAAGAAAUUGAAGGACUCAACUUGAAGAUGGAUGAAUUGAAGCAACUUUUAUUAGAAGUUAAGAGUUCGAAUGAGGAACAUGGUAUGCAUGACACUAGAUUCAGAAAAUCUAGUACAAAAGAAAAUGAUAACAAUAUGGGCUUUGAUUUCCAAAUUGGAAUUUUUGAGGAUGUUACAGAUGAUGAAGUGGAGAGGAAUGACAUUCCCAUGGAUGUGAACAUUGAUAUGGAAGCUUCUAGAAACCUUCAGCUUGCAGAAAAACACAUGACUAAAGAGUUGAAAGAUGACUACUCUAUUGAUGAUCCAGUUAUUGAUAUUGCCAAGUUGUUUGGUACCCCAACUAUGUCGGGCGAGUUUUCAGUAUAUGUCAUACCUCACCAUCUAUCUCCUGCCAUUUUUAAGCGAAGGCGUGAGAUUAAAAAGUCUCGUAUCUUGCAGCACCCUUUUACAGAUCCCACCAAGAGAAAGAAACUAAGAAAGGAAAUUGAGAAACCAUUAACUUCAUUUGAUCCUUUGCGUCCAAUCUCUGAAGAAGCAUUAGAGUCCUUUCAAAAGUGGAUGAGUCAUGACCAAGGGUAAGUUGUAUACAUCCAUACUUGUAAAUUUGUGUUCUUCACAAGUUAUAAAAUUACUAAUGUUUUUAUUUUAUUUUUUAUGUCAAAGGUCCACAAUUGACAUUGACUACAUGCAUAUAGAUAAAAAAUGGUUUCAAUCAUUGUCUAAUCAUGGUUCAUGGCUUGCUGACACGGUUUGUAAAUGAUGCAUUUUGUUUUUAUUUUUAUUUAUUAUUAUGUUCAGCUUACAACCAAAUAAUAUGACUAACUUACUUUAUUGUAAUUGUUAGCACAUUGAUGUUGCCUUCUUCUUUUUCCGGAAACAGCAAAUAGAAAAUCCUCAUCUUUUUUCCCAAAAGUUUACCACAGUGGAUACUAUGUUUUGGCAAAAUGCUCAAGUAAGAUGGAUUAAGCAUGGCAAGAAGUGGAACCAAUUCAAAUUACCAGAGAAUGACAUCCUUAUUAAUUAUGCCAAUGGUUUGCAGCCUCUUUAUUCUAUCAAAUGGCCUGAUGUUGACAUUGUGUAUGUCCCUAUCAAUGUUCGGGCUAGUCACUGGGUAUUAGGAGUUGUCUACCUUCAUCGAAGGAUUAUAUACGUAUAUGACUCAUUGAUGGGCAUCAAUAAUAAUGCAAGAUUGCAAGUUGCCAUUAAAGCAUUAGCUAAAUUGUUGCCGCAUAUAUUGAAUGCAAUAGCAUAUUAUGGUUUUCAUGGUGACACAAAAGUUAACUACCAGGAAUGGGAAAUUGAACGGCUGCAAGAUAUUCCUCAACAGGAAAAUGAUGGUGAUUGUGGCAUGUUUGUUAUGAAAUAUGUUGAAUACUUAAUGCAUAACCAUACAUUGAAGUCAUUAACAAGUGCACGAAUGGACUGUUUUUGGGAAAAGAUGGCAGCAGAGUUAUUUUAUAUGAAAUACUUGCCUAUGUAAUGAAUUCAUGUUGAUAUUUCACAUUUUGAUAAUGUAGUUGGAUGGUUUGUUAUAUGUAA